ACGAUGCCAUUGGGAGCUGUUAAUUAUCAAAUUCGAGGCGACAUGCUAACGGCGUGUCGUUAUUAAGGAACAAUGUCAAGCAUGCACCUCAUCGGUCUGACGAACUCAUGAUUGAAUUUUGGAAAAUAUCUUCAAUAUCAUCAAUCCAUGAAGGAUUUUUACAGGCUUCAAAUGGAAUGAGAUGCACUCUAAUUUGUUUCAAAUCACCUCCAGGAUUAAUACUCUAGCAAGAUCAGGUUGUAUCGUACACGCUCGCAAACUGUUCGAUGAAAUGCCAUACAGAGAUACGGUUGCUUGGAAUUCAAUGCUUACUAACUAUUCUCAUCUGGGUCUUCAUCAAGAGGCUCUCUCUCUCUUCCAACAUAUGAGAACCAGCAAUGAAAAACCUGAUCACUUCACUUUCACUGCAAUUUUAAGUGCAUGCGCGGGUUCAGGCUCCCUACUAAACGGAACCAAAAUGCAUGCUCUAGUCAUCGUUUCAGGAUACCAGUCUUCAUUGGCAGUCAAUAACUCCCUUAUAGAUAUGUAUGGGAAGUGUUUGAAUGCUUUUAGUGCUGGUGAAGUUUUUCAAGAAUUGGAUGAUAUUAAUGAAGUAACAUGGUGUUCGCUUUUGUUUGCAUACACAAAUUCUGGUCAGUUUAAUGCGGCAAGGGAGGUUUUUAAUUUGAUGCCUACAAAGGUCGAUAUUGCUUGGAAUACAAUGAUUGCUGGUCUUAGCCGAUAUGGUGAAAUUGAAUUUUGUUUGGAUCUGUUUAAAAAGAUGCGACAAAGUUUGUGUGAGCCUGAUCAGUGGACUUACAGCGCCCUUGUAAGUGCUUGCACUGAAUCAUCGGAAUUCUUAUGCGGUUGUAUGUUGCAUAGUGUCAUUAUUAAGAAUGGUUGGAGCUCUGCAGUGGAGGCAAAGAAUUCAAUUCUGAGCUUUUAUGCUAAACUUGGUUCCUUGAAUGAUGCUAUGAAAGUUUUUGAACUCACUGGAAUACUAACGCAGGUGUCUUGGAAUGCUAUCAUUGAUGCUCAUAUGAAAGGAGGAAACAUCCAUGAAGCAUUUCUCAUGUUUCAGCGCCUGCUGGAAAAGAACAUUGUUUCAUGGACAUCUAUGAUUACUGGGUAUGCCAAAAAUGGGUACGGAGAAGAAGCUCUUAGCUUCUUUGCUGGUAUGGUGAGCAAUCACUUGCUUCCAGAUGAUUUUACGUUUGGAGCUGUCCUUCAUGCGUGCUCAAAUUUGGCAGUACUAGGAAAUGGAAGAAUGAUCCAUGGAUCUGCCUUUCGCCGUGGUUUCAAUAAUUAUGUGUAUGUUGGCAAUGGCUUAGUUAACAUGUAUGCUAAGUGUGGAGAUUUAGAUGGGUCAAUUCUGGCAUUUGAUGAUAUUUAUGAAAAAGAUUUGGUCUCUUUUAAUGCUAUGUUGUUUGCAUUUGGGUUGCAUGGAAAGGCUAACCAAGCUUUGCAGUUAUAUGAAGAUAUGAUGGCAUCUGGGAAAAAACCUGAUAAAAUGACUUUCAUUGGCUUGUUAGUGACUUGUAGUCACUCAGGGCUUAUAGAAGAUGGUCGUGAGCUUUUCGAGUCAAUGAGGUCAGUUCAUGGGCUUUCCUACGAGGCAGAUCAUGUGGCAUGCAUGGUGGAUAUGCUUGGACGAGGUGGCUACUUAGCAGAAGCAAAAGAGUUGGCUAAUAAGUAUUCAAAAACAGGUUAUAUUGAGGCCAAUUCAUGUGAGGCUUUGCUGGGAGCAUGUUUUGCACAUAGUGAAGUAGAAAUGGGGACCUGUUUUGGGGAGGCUUUGAAGGUUUUAGAACCUGACAAAGAGAUGAGCUAUGUGCUGCAAUCAAAUUUAUACUGUGCUAGAGGGCAAUGGAAGGAAGCAGCGAUGGUUAGAAAGGCAAUGGUAGAUGAAGGGUUGAAAAAAAUGCCUGGUUGCAGUUGGAUUGAAGUGGGAAAUAAGGUGACGUCUUUUGUAGCAGGAAUACAUCCACACAUGGAAGAGUUGUGUAAGAUAUUAUACUUCCUGGAGUUUGAAAUGAGAAAUCCAUGCUUUAGUGAUGGUUGUAAUUGAUUGAAUUCCAAGUCUAAUUUUCAGUAAUUACAGAGGUGAAACCAAAGUCGGCUUCUUUGUAAA